GGCACACCGCCACUACGUUCAGUCGGCAUUUUGACAUCGCCUGUGUUCAGCGUGUGUACGUCACUCUGAUUUUCCGUCGUCCGUGUUCGGUGCGUGUUUUUUAUUUUAAUUUUUUUUUUUUUUACCGUGCGAUCGCGUGCCCGGCUCGUCCGUACCGUUUUGUGUUCCGCCGCGUGUUAUUCAAUACAUCCGAUAGGUCCGCGUGCGACCGUUUAUUUUCGCGUUUUCCACGUAAACAUUGAGUUCCGCACACGCGAUCACAUACCGGACCGGGGCUGAGCUUCGUCAUUGCGCGUCAUGUCGUCCGGUUUCUCGUAGCCGUUUUAGGAGAUUACACGAGUCUCCUGCUGCCUCUUGCCAUCCGAGGUACGUCGUCGAUCUCACGUCGCGCGAGUGUGCGCUGCAUCGGGGUAGUCGUGCUUGCGUACGAUGCGCCGAAAUAGUGGCCGGCCGCCGCCGCCGACAUUUGCGACGCGAUGCAGCUCGUCCGUACGGAAGACGUUGCUGCUGCUGUGUCUGAUGCUAAUGCCGUUCGCGCUUGUAGCCGCCGUCGAACCGUCGUCGCCGGACGAUCUACAACAACAAACAGGUAUGAUUGUUCCGUCCAAUAAUAUGAGGAGAGACACAAAACUGAGACAUCAAAGGCAUUUGGGACAACCACUACCACACCCAGAAGCAUACAUAUCCUAUGAUUACAAUAUGAAUCCAUACCAAGGAAACAAAGGAUUUGGGCCGAAAACCGGAUUGCCAGUACAAGAUAACCACAAACCAAUAUUUACGAACUGUAUGGACUACCACCCCAGCGUUAAGGAAGAACAACCGACCAAUACUUAUGUGUUCACUGUCAAAGCGUUUGACAAGGACCCGCCGGAGAAUGGGGGCACGAUCAGCAACUACACAUUCGUCGCACCGCCCGGCGAACGUCCAAAGUUCUCCAUCGACCGGUUGACCGGUGUGAUCACCACCCGAUACAUGUUCGAUCGAGACGAGCCGACUCGCGAAAAAGAAGUGUAUCUGACGGUCAGGGCCACGGACAACGGAAAACCAACCCUGGACGAUGUGUGCACCAUUAAGGUGACUAUCGAGGAUGAGAACGACAACUCACCGGUUUUCGACAAAGUGGCCUACCGUGGAUUCAACUACAAGUUUUACGCUGAAUCUGUUCCUCAAGAUUUAGGAGUGGGAAGUGAAGUGAUGAGGAUAUCAGCCACCGAUAUCGACGACGGUUUGAACAGUGCCAUAAUAUACGAACUGUCAGCCAGAGUGCCCGUAGACACUAAUUAUUUCCGUAUCAACUCAAACACUGGUGUUAUUCACUUAGACCGCACGAUUGAUAGAGAACCUGGCUACAAGUUCAAGAUGCGUGCCACUGCUACCGAUAAAGGUUCAGUUCCUAGGUCGUCUACAAUGGAUCUAGAAAUCAUGGUAGUUGAAUCCCAUAAAAAAGCACCGACGUUUAUAUCCGUUAUCCCAGAAGGGAUUAUUUAUCUACCAGAAAACUUGGCUAAUUUUAGUUACGACAUAGCCACCAUCAUAGCAGCAUCAAAUACGGAUGAAAAAUCCCCAGUUUUCGAAUUAGUAAUCGGUCGGACAGAACAAUCAAACAAAUUGAACACAUUCCGAUUAGAAUCUGAAGGAAACACUGCUCAUAUCAGAUUGUCGAGAACAAUGGACUAUGAAUCUGUAUCUGAGUACAAUCUCAACAUUCGAAUCCAGAACAAACACAAUUUAGCAGCGGAACAUCAGUUAACCAUUGAACUGAAAGAUGUCAAUGAUAAUAUACCAGUGUUUCCUGAAGGUGUGAUUGGCUCUGUAUUGGAAAAUGAACCAAGUGGAACGGCUGUGAUGCAGGUCCGAGCAAUUGACGCUGAUUUGACUUCUGCCUUCAAUCAAGUUACUUACAUGCUUGCAGACAACAAGGAAUUUUUCACAAUCGACCCAAUUACCGGGAAUAUUACGACUUUGGUGACAUUUGACCGUGAAACUCAAGAUGUAUAUAACGUCAAAGUAAUAGCUACAGAUAAUGCACCAUCAGCUAUAAUGCCAACGGGUGAACAUAACAAGGGUGAACGAGUAUUCCAUAUUGAAAUUGCGGAUAAAAAUGACCAUCCACCUCAAUUCACUCAUGCUGUGUAUGAAGCAGAAGAAAUACCAGAAAAUACUAACCUUAAUACUUUGGUUACCGAAGUGAAAGCUGUGGACAAAGACACAGCUUCUUCUGUUACAUAUAGUAUCAUAGAAGGUAAUAUUAACAAUGCAUUUUGGAUUGAAAAUACCACCGGAAAAAUUAAAGUUAAUAGUCAGUUGGACUAUGAAAACAUUACUAAUUACGAGUUGAAAAUAAGAGCAUUUGAUGGAGCCUUUGAGGAUAGUUGUACUGUAAAAAUAAAAAUAUCAAAUGUUAAUGACAACCCACCAGUGUUUUAUCCUUAUGAUGGUAAUAUAACUAUCACAGAAGAAACACUUAUAGAAGGAUGUAUUGCUAUGCUACAAGCAUACGAUCCAGAUAUUCAAGAUGAGAAAUUAGAUCAACACAUUGUCUAUGCUGUAGUUAAGGAAGAACAAAAAAAGUUAAUGAAAAUCGAUAAAAACGGAUGUCUAUCUCUUAUCAAACCUCUUGAUCGUGAUCCACCUAAUGGUUAUGCUACAUGGCAACCAAUAAUUCAAGCCAGUGAUGAAGAUGGCAAACCCAAUUGCUUGUCAACAACUACAAAUUUCUUUAUUACUCUUCUAGAUAUUAAUGACAAUGCACCAUAUUUGGACAUGCCUCAACCUAUAGUUUGGCGAGAGAAUCAAUCACCUGGAACUAUCACACAGUUAACUGCCAAGGAUAAUGAUGGACCUGAAAAUGGUGCACCAUUUAUUUUUUCAAUUUCUUCUGAUGCUUCAUUUGAAAUCCAAACUAAAUUUGGAAUCAAUGGUGUUGAGCUAAAUGCUUUGACUUCAUUUGACCGAGAAGAGAAAAAAAUGUAUAAUAUACCAAUUACGAUAUCUGAUAGUGGCAUACCUAGUAUGACAGGAACUAGCACACUCCAAGUUGUGAUUGGUGAUGAAAAUGAUAAUGAAAUGUUACCAGGUAGAAGCUCCAUAUUUGUAUAUACUUAUAAAGGUGAAUCUCCAGACAUGGAAAUUGGACGUGUGUACGUUGAAGACAAAGACGACUGGGAUUUGCCUGACAAAACAUUCAAGUGGCUGCAUUUGCCACAUGAACGUUUUGACCUGAAAUCAGAAACUGGCAUGAUUACUAUGCUGCAGAACACUAAAGAACAAACUUAUGUUUUGGAAUUUGAAGUCACAGAAGAAGGACAAAAGAUCAACAGACAUACAGUGAAUUCUGUUGUUGUUAUUACUGUAAAAGAAAUACCUGAAGAAGCUGUUGAUAAAUCUGGAUCAGUUAGAUUGGGUGGGAUUUCGGCUGAAGAAUUUAUCACUCCUGGCGCUAAUAACAUAAGUAAAGCCACUAUUUUAAGACAUCGAUUAGCUACUAUUUUAAAUGCUAGUGUUGAAAACGUUGAUGUAUUUACAAUUUUGCAUUCCCCUCACAAUGCCAACACCACUCAACUCGAUGUACGAUUUUCUGCUCAUGGUUCGCCAUAUUAUGAGCCUGAAAGAAUUAACGCUGCUAUUGAUAAACAUCAAGCUGAGCUUGAAAAAGAUUUGGGUGUUGUUUUCCUCAUGGUCAAUAUUGAUGAAUGUCUUGUGGAAAAACUUUAUUGUGACACAUCUUGUAGUAAUUUCCUGAAUAAAAGCAAUAAACCAGCUGCUGUUUAUACCAAUACUACGUCUUUUGUUGGUAUACGAGCUGUUAUUGAUCCUUUUUGUUCAGAUAGCCAAUGUGGGCAAAAAGAACCAACCAUUAUUCCCUGUCAUAAUGGUGGCACUCCAAGAUCAGAUGGAAAUGGAUGCGAAUGCCCAGCUGGAUUUGAUGGACCUCGAUGUGAAAUUCUUAACAUUGGUUUCUAUGGUGAGGGUUAUGCCUUGUAUCCAUCUCUACAGUCUUGCAUGGAGUCUCAAAUGUCUUUGGAAGUACGCACCACUGUUGAUAAUGGUCUAUUAUUUUACAUUGGACCUAGUAAUGUUAAACCUAAUCCAUUGUCUGUACAAGAUUUUAUGUCAUUGGAACUUAAGAAUGGUUAUCUAGUACUUUUGAUUGACUAUGGCACCGGAACACGUAAAAUUGAACAAAAACAAAUAAGAAUAUCUGAUGGUGAACCACAUCGUAUUGAAAUCAUAUGGACAAAAACUAAUAUCGAAAUUAAAGUAGAUAAUUGCAAUCUCCCAUCGUGUUUAAGUGUUCAUACUCCAAUUGGACCUAAUGAAUUCUUAAAUGUCAAUGGACCUCUGCAACUUGGUGGUACAUUCAUCAAUCUGAGUGCAGUAGCAGCCACAAGAAAUUGGACUUACAAACCAUUCAAUAAUGGAUUUAAUGGCUGUAUUCGAAAUUUAACAUUUAAUAGCCGUCUGUACAAUUUGGGUGCGCCCAGUUUAUCUCAUAAUGUAGACUUUUCGUGUACACAUGGUACAGCAGUAGCUGUGUCAUUUGGUAUCGACGCUAGUUUCUUGAUAGCCAUAUUUGUUUGCCUUGCUGUUUUAUUAAUACUGUUGCUUGCGGUUGUGGUGCAUAGAAGAAAGUCUGAUGAUUUAUAUAAAGAUACAGAUGAUAUAAGAGAAAAUAUAAUCAACUAUGAAGAUGAAGGUGGCGGUGAAGGAGACAUGACUGGCUAUGACUUGAAUGUUUUACGGCUUAUGUAUGAUGGCACAGAACCAGUACAAGGAUUUGAUGAUGCAAAUCUAUUACAAAAACGAGCACCAGAUGAGGUUCCUGAUAUUUGUGGCUUCCUUGGCGACAAACUCAACUCAGUAGAUAAUGAUCCUGAUUUAGGUCCAUAUGAUGACGUACGUAAUUAUAUGUACGAAGGUGAAGGCAAUUCUGUUGGAUCAUUAUCAUCAUUGGCUUCAGGUACAGAUGAUGGUGACUUGAACUUUGACUAUCUAUCUAACUUUGGACCGCGAUUCCGUAAAUUGGCUGAUAUGUAUGGUGAAGAACCAAGUGACGAAGAAAGUGAAACAUACCGCAAUACUCAUCCCGAGUCGUGGUGCUAACAGUCAUUUGAAAGUCGCUCCAAAUAAUCAGUUACCGGUGCAUGUUAUCUGUAACGUUAUAGUGACUACAAUAUUUAAGUUUAAAUACAGACUAUGUAAAACAAUUAAAACAAAUAAUUUGUACAGAGAGUUGAUGGUGCUCUAAUGACAAUUAUUGAAAAACAAUAUUU